GCGAGAUUUUGCGUGUCGGGCGCGCGCGCAACCGCAUGACGAAGGCCAGUCUUGCCAUCAGUAUGCUCCCAUGAUCGCGUGACACGACCGCAAUCAUGCUGUCAGAGGACACGCGCAUGCCUGCAUCACGUCAGGCUGCCAGGCAUCCCGCCUAUUUCGUCGAGCCAAGUCAAGCUCAGCCAAGCAGAUUGCCAUUGCAACCGCGCCAACAGGCCCAUGCAACGCAGCACACACUGGUCAUGACCAGCAGCAACGAUCGCCCGAUCAGUACGGAUUCAUCAGCAGUGACGAGUCCCGUCAGUCCUGCAUCGUACGAUACCGCCGCAAGCCCGACGACACCCGUUGCACCUCAGCAAAGAGCCGCUCGUAAUUCAGCGCACUUUAUCCUGCCACCGCACGGGCAGUAUGAGCAACGACGGCAAUCAAUACAUGCCGGGUUUCAGGGCUAUGAGAUCGAGCAAGAGCCCGUAUACCAUCAUAGCCAACCAGCGCAACAAUACUACGCGCCAGCGCCCGGCCAACAUGAUCAUCAACGCCGCUACAGUCAGCCGCAAGUAGCAGAUGCACAGAUGCACUAUAUGGGCUAUCCGCCCACUGCAGAGAUCGGUCUGCCCUAUGCUGCUGGCAGAAGUCAUCCUGCGACACGCUCGACGCAAGGCUUGCUCGACCAUGGUUACGUCGAUCCUUAUCAGCAGCCUGGGCCGCUGCGGCAAGCUCAGAUGCAGAUGCCAUACGCUCCGGCAUAUGCACAUGUCUAUGCGCCUGACGCUGCAUACGCUCAUGUAUACAUGCCUGACGCCGGCCAACCCCAGCAAGAAUCGCCAUCUGAGCUCAAAUUCGCGCCUCGUCCUGAUCUGACUCAUCAGGCGACCGAUUCGAGCCAUGGAUCCCGCAAAGAGAUGCCCGAAGACUUGCCUGUCACGCCUUCGGCGCGCAAGUCGCAUUCGAGUGAAGCUAUGGACGAGACUUUUGCCGAAUGGAUGGGCACCACUGCACGCAAUCUGGCGACACCGAAUCAGCUAGCCUAUCUCGGCUUGGUCAUCGCGCAAGCUGUCAGCAUCAUCGCAAUGAUGAUCUGUAUCUUUGUGAAUUAUCAGCGGAGGAUAGACUAUCAGUAUGGACAGAAUGGUCAGAGCCCACGGCAGCGAAGCAUUCAGGUCUAUCUUGUCAUAUUUGUUCUUGCAGAACUUUUCGCUCUUGCCGCUUCUCUUGACGCGCUACGACUGCGCAAUACGAUACAGCUCGUUGGCUUGUGCUUCUUCAGUCUCCUCAUGAUGAUCUACGCCGCCUUGAUGCCAACUCAGCUCUUACACGCCCUAGGCAACUACGAAUCGCCUGCGUAUCUCUACAUACACAAGCUGAUCGUCGCCACUGCGGUCGUCCUCGGUAUCACAGCUGCACUGCAAGGCGCCCUGACCUUCAGGCUCUACUCGGAAUACGGCUGGGAAGUCUUCAAGCAGAUCGGAGCGGACAGGCGGAUCAAGUCUGCUUUCACGUACUAUCAGAUCUUUGCCUGCAUACUCAAGUUCGACUUGUACUUCCUCGUUGGCUUUGCGAUACAAUACCUCAUUCUUGUCCUCAAUCAUGCCAACACGACCGAGUUCGCGGUGACGAUUGCGGCAUUGCCGAUCAUCUUGGUCGCCAUCUUCUCGGCAGCCGUUGCUGUUCGUCUCGAAGUCUACUGGCUUGCGUUCCUUGCACUCUUGCUUGAGCUCGCCGGCAUGGUGUACUUCAUCUACAAGCUAUUCCGUUUGUACGAUCCGACGGAAGAGUGGAAAUAUCUCAUCAGUCAGCGCACCCUCACCGCAUUCUCGGUCGUCUGCAUCGUCUUGCUGGCCGUCACCUGUGCCAUCAACGUCAAGUGCUGCCUCAAUUUUGGCAUCGGUCUCAAAGAUCAAAUACCGCGCUACUGGACAAGCAAGCCACGAGUCUCGCGCAAAGCCAACGGCACUACCCAGGAUGACGAACGGCAGGUCACGCCCGGACGAUGGACAAUAGAUUGAAGCCACAAACAGCUGUUGUUGUGUGUCACCACUAGCUGUCGCGAAAAACGCGCUUGACGUCGCGAG